UUGAAGGGUCCAAGUGAAAUUAUCUAUCAUCGCGGCUACUCCGUCACAUUUUAUUGUUUCCGGCUCGAACAAAACUGUCUCCGAUAGCUCCCGGACGGCGGACGCCUUCGAGCUUCAAGGCGCCAAAGCUAUGGAGGUUUCCUCCUUUUUCGGAAACGGUUUCCACACUAUCCUCCCCCACCCGCUCCCAUUUCUAUCCAGCAGGCCUAAACUCGCAGCUGCACGCACCUCCUCAACAAUCACUUCCUCUGUCACUCCCACGCCAAAGCGAAUUGACCUUCAAAAUGGGCCGAAGAACGUCUCGAGAGAUUCCGCAAAUCGCCUCUCCGCUUCUCCGAGUGCAAAAAGAUCUGCAAUUAUUGAAAUUCAAGGAUCAUCUGACCUGAGCUCUGCUCUUUCAAGGUAUGGAGAGAUAUUGAAAGCUUCGGAUAUCAAUGUGGUUUUGCGCCAUUUUGGGAAGCUAAAUCGAAAGCAGGAGUUAUCUCAGGUUUUCAAAUGGAUGCAGCAGAACAGGAGGACUAAUGUUGCCUCUUACAGUGGCUACGUAAAAUUCAUGGGGAAUAGCCUAAGCUAUAUUGAGGCACUAGAAAUUUACAAAAGUAUUAAAGAUAAGGAAACAAGGAAUAAUGUCUCGGUUUGCAACUCUAUUCUUGGUUGUCUGAUAAAAAAUGGCAAACCAAAGAGUAGUUUCAAUCUGUUUACUCAAAUGAAGCAGGAGGGUUUAGUACCAGAUGUUGUAACAUAUACUACGCUUCUUGCAGGAUGUGCCAAAGUAGAAAAUGGCUACUCUAAAGCAUUAGAGUUGGUUGAAGAGAUGAAGUAUAAGGGACUGCAAAUGGAUUGUAUAAUUUAUGGGACGGUUCUUUCUGUUUGUGCUUCACAUAAUCAGUCCAGUGAAGCAGAAAAAUACUUUGAACAAAUGAAGAAAGAAGGCUAUUCUCCAAAUGUCUUCCACUAUAGUUCUUUGCUCAAUGCUUUCUCCGGUGAUGGAAACUAUGAGAAGGCUGAGAUGUUAAUUGAAGAGAUGAAAUCUGUAGGUUUAGAUCUAAAUAAGGUAAUUUAUGUUACUUUGCUGAAGGUAUAUGUUAAAGGAGGUUUGUUUGAUAAGUCAAAUGAACUACUAAAGGAGCUGGAAGCUCUAGGUCUUGUUGAUGAUGAGAUGCCAUUCUGUAUCCUGAUGGACGGCCUUGUGAAGGCGGGACAGAUACCUGAAGCUAAAUUAAUAUUUGAUGAAAUGAAAAGAAAAGAAGUGAAAAGUGCUGGCUACUCCUACAGUAUCAUGAUUUCAGCAUUCUGCCGUUCUGGGCUUAUUGAAGAUGCAAAACAGUUAGCCAGUGAAUUUGAAGGCAAAUUUGACAAAUAUGAUGUGAUUAGUUUGAACGCAAUGCUCUGUGCCUACUGCAUGGCUGGAGAAAUGGAUAAUGUGAUGAAAAUGAUGAAGAAAAUGGAUGAAUUAGCAAUCAAUCCUGAUCGAAAUACCUUUGAUAUUCUAGUAAAGUAUUUCUGUAAAGAGAAUCUCCAUUUGCUUGCUUUUCGUACCAUGCGGGACAUGUACAGAGGAGGUCACACCCAACUGGACGAGGGAACAUGUGUUUUUUUAAUUCAUCAUCUUGGUAAAACGGGGGCACGUUCAGAGGCGUUUACCGUAUAUAAUAUGCUUAGAUACAGAAACAGAACCAUUUCCAAGUCCCUUCAUCAGCAGAUGUUGAGCAUUUUAAUUAAAGGUGGACUUCUCAAAGAGGCGUAUGUGGUCUUUAAGGAAAAUGCAAGAUCAAUUUCCCACUUCACCAUCAAAAGGUUUGCAAACGCAUUUUUUAAAUUCGGCAACAUAAACUUAAUCAAUGAUGUUAUAAAGGACAUCCACGCUUCCGGGCACAAGAUUGAUCAGAAAUUGUUUUAUAAGGCUGCAUCGCGUUACAUUAAACAAUCUGAAAAGAAGGAAAUGCUUCUCCAAAUGCUACAGUGGAUGCUCAGUCACGGCUAUGUUAUUGAUUCGUCCACAAAAGAUUUGAUCCAGGAGAACUCUCACCUGUUCGGUGAACAACUUGGUACAGAACUAUUAUCCAAGCUGCAUAUGAUGUCGGAACAAAUAAAAUCUCUUGAGAGGAAAGCAGCAAACCAGAUUCUUAAAAAAUCUGAUCAGGCAUUGGUGUGUAGAGAUUCUUUAAGAGGUUCCCUCGUGGGAAGCCCUUCAUUUAACAGCAUCAUCAGUGGCAUUCCUCCAGAAACUCACAGAUUUACCAAAGCAGCUUUCAACAAAAACUAAAAAACUUCAGAGAAACAUAGCAGAGUUUAUGCCUUCCAAGAACAACCAGCAUAACCUUUGGUUUCAUGAUAUGCUUGACUGCCCAAUUCAUGGCAUCUCGGCUCCAUUUGUUUCGCCUUGCAUCCACGACUGUAGUGAUACUUUUCCCUGGCGACGAGAAGAACAAUGAUAACUCCGAGUGCAAGGUAGUUAGUGCUAUUAUUUGGUAGACAUGUUUCAGAAGAGCAAAAAUGUAGAUUCAAGUGUCUGAAUUGUUGAUUUCAUAUAACCUUCUUGAGAAAAAUAUUGCAAUCUACACCAACAACUAACAACUAGAUGUAAUUUAUCUUGCUAA